AUGAGAAGUUUUAGCAACAUUUCAAUCAGAUUAUUAUAUUGUAUUUUAGAAAUAUGCCAGAAUCUAGGGCAGUAUUAUGGUCUUGGCUCUGAAACAAGAAAAACGCCUACGUUUUUUCCUGAUCCUUAUGGAGUUGAAGUUGGUAAUCCUGCUGAAAUUCCUGAUGGCUAUGAGGAGAGAUGGAUGGUCAAUGUGCACGCAAUCGAUAUGCGAGGCGCGGUCGAUGGGUUGGGAUGCAUUGAGUGCAUGUGUGAUCUUUAUAACUUGUCCAAGGAUGAGUAUGGCCGGCCUUUGAGGUCAGAUUAUAGAGGAGGCCUGUUGUGUUGCUAUGAUCAAACAAAGUGUAAAGUGAGGAAAGACUUUCAGGGGGUCAAGAGAAGUCUCUACCUCAGAUAUACUGUGGAAUGGAUUGAUUGGACUGAUUCUAUUUUGCCUGUAAAGAUCUAUAUUUUUGAUGUUACUGAUACUUGGAAUGGUUUGAACUCUGAACAUCAUUGUCAAGUAAGUUAAUAUUACCUCCUUUCUAACUAUCUGAAUUUUAUGCACACUGGAUUUCUGAAAUUAUUUUAACGUUUCUAUGAGAAGGAAUGUGAAAGUGAAUCUAAAUUAGUAGUGGA